GAAAGAAGCGCUUAUAUGCUCGCAUUUAUUAAACGUACAAAUAUGUUACAGUUUUCAUUUCAACUUCAUCUGUAAUAAACCAAAAAAUAUAUAUAUUAGUAAAAGCACAUGAUACUUUCAUAACUAAAACAAUAUCGUAAUUUUGGGCAAACUGUGGGUGGGAGGGGGUGUAAAUGUGGCAAAGAAAAGCCUUCGAAUGAGGAAGGUCGUGCUUUGUUUGAAUAUCUGUUUUACAGGUUGAAUGAUAUAAAUAGUAACCAAUGGUAGUGGCUUUAAUUUAAGUCAUAACAUAGAACACGUGUUCUAGAACAUUUGAUAAAUUAAUUACAGGCAUGUGCAUGAAACGUAAUUCUCCAGAUCAGAAUUAAAAUGAGAGAUUUUAAAACAUACAUGUAUUCUAUAAUGAUGUUACGUGUAUGCAUUAAAGCUGUAGGGAUACAUGUACAUCCAAAUGGAUUUGCUUUGGUGGGUGCUGGAGUUGAUACAGAUACACACGCACGCACGCACCCACCCACCCAUACGCACACACAUAUUCCGUAUUAAUUAUGAUAUUUUACAAAUUAUCGUCACUAUUUAAAUACGUUAUACUUCAAACAUGUGAAACUGCAUGGUUCUUGGUAAAUAAACAAUACCAUAAACCUCCUAACCAGUUAUCAAAAAUACACUUGUUCUCUACACUAAAUAUGAUAGGUCUUACAUUAUACGUAAUAUUUCAGAAUUAGAAAUCGUUUAUAUUCGUGACUAUUUACAUUCAGCUAUUUACACGGCUAUGUUUUAAAAUGUUAUGAUGCCAGAUACUAAAGAAUUCGAUGUCGGUAGCUACUGUAUGUUUGACUACAAAGAUACCAUUUACUGCUGAAAUGGUCGCACACCAUUCGUUUGUAGAUGUAUAUUAAUGUUAUUAUGGUGAAUAUAGUAACAUUUGUCAACAGGCAAUCUUGGACCAGUCAACCGAAAUUUAGAACUUAUCAAAGCAAAUUUUGACCAUCAAAAUUUGGUUGAACAUUAAAAAAUACAUUAGACAUUUGAUUUUGAUUAAACUGAAAAUGGAAAAAAAAUAUUUUCGAAGGAUAUCGAGAGAAAGCUAUCCCAAUACAAAGAAAUGUAAUAAAUAAAUAAAUAUCGAGUGUACUGCUUCUUUCAAACACCAUUUCAAGAAACGGGCAGCGAGAACAUCAAUGUGUUUCAAAAUGUAAACGAUUUGUAAAUCAUAGACGCAUAACAAAAAAAUUAACGCUUUCAAACCCGAUUCAUUUACACCUUUUCUGAAGAAAAAUAUACACUAUGAUAAUAAUUUAUGUGUGUGACAAAACAUUCUCGAUCAGUUGGUCAUACUGUGAUACUUUCUUCAUUUCAAAUCCUCAUCUAUCGAUUCCGUCAUGGAAUUUUCACUCACAUCUGAGAUUUUAUUCACAGAAUAAGUGACAUCAGUAAAUAAAGUAACCGACAUUUAUUUCUAAGCCCUAGCCCUGUUCAUCAAGUUUUGAAACACAGUCCGCGUUUAAUUUUUGGGCGUUUUUAUAACAUGGUAACUCUCCAUAUUUUGCUUACUAUGUUGUGUAUUAAAGCUCGAGACUCAAAGACCUAAGCUUAUUUUUCGACCUGAGGAUUUCAUACUUUUUCCUGGUGUUGACAUGUUGGAUGACGGUUACUGUAGUAACGGACAGUCGGUUAAUACCAGUGAAUAUUUUUCUAAUAGCAACUUUUUUUCAAUUCUUAGCAGUGUGGGAGUAUAUAUGAACAUAUAACAGAAAUACGACGAACAUGAAUUGUCACUUUAAACCGAAUGGAUAUUAGCUAUUGAAAACAGCACUCAAGUAAUCUUCACAUCUAUGAUUUUUUUUUCAUUAAAUACAGCAUUUUUUUUUAAUAUUUGCUUGAUGUUUUUCUUUGGCUGAAAAUAAAAAUAACAAGAGCGACUAAACAUGUUUUGAUGGGUAGUUUAACAAAAUUUUGAAAAAAAAACAACCCCAAAAAAAACAAUGCUUCGUAGCGAUAAUACCUGGUGCCCUAUAGAUAUAUAAACAAUGGCGACAGAAGUAGGCAAGCGAGGCGCACUUUGAUGCAUACUAUCCAGUAAACGCGAAUUACGUCAGGAACCAAACGGUCUGCAGCUUCAAAGGGAUUCUCCAAUAACUGUAAUUUUCUGACGUCAAAGUAAGGUUGUUUUUUUUAUGCCAAGAGGUAUUCAAUUUGAAAGUCUAGCUAUGCAAAAAGGGCAAACAUUUGUAUAUAUAAAAUUCCAAAUGAAGAUAACAAACUGCAGUCAAUCCUUUAAAGAAUACAAAAUUUAAUUAGAGUAGGGGCAAUCACGGACCUCUGAAAACACCAUGGGUGCGUGCGACCAAACGCCCAAGAGGAGAAAGCAUCCCCUGUCGACUAGUCACACCCGCGGUGAGCCAUAUAUCUCGAUCAGGUAAACGGAGUAAUUCGUAGUCAAAAUAAUCAUCUAGCUAGUCUACAAUUUUCUGUUUGCAUUUUAUUUCAUUUAUUUACUCAAACCAUUCACUUAAGUAUGAUUUUAUAAUCAUAUAAACAACAUUGCUAAGGGUACAAUUAUAUAAAUAAUACAUGCACAUAAAUGUUUAUAAGCACAAAAUAGAGGUGACGACAUAAUGCAUACAAAACUAUUACAAAGAGAUUCAGGAAUCUGAUAAAUAUACAUAAUAGGGAGGACAGCAGACUAACUCCUGGAUUUUCAGAAAUAAACAUAUACAUAAUUUUUUUUAUGUUUUAAAGUUUCAUGUUGUCAUUAAUUCUCUAAAUUUCAGUGUAUUAAAGCCAAAAACAGUUCUAUCUCUAAAAGAUGUGAUGGUGCGUUGUAUCGUGUUUCCCCCUUUGUAUGAUGGUGCUUUGUGUCGUGUUUUCCCCCUUUUGAUUAUGAGUAACUUUGAUAUUUCAUUUCCGCAUGGCUGUACAUGGCCGAUGAUACCAAAGAUCACAUGUAAUAACUUCCGAUUGUCAUAAAAAUCCCUGUCAUAUCCGCAAUCAAUGAUAAGACUAAAUAUAGUAACUACUAUUAUAAUACUGAAUUUGGAAUUCAGAUAAAUAAUUUUUCUCAUUAACAGCACCUCUGUUUAUGUCAGCCUUGCUGUUCGUGGAACAUUUCUAUCGAUGCUUAGAAUUACAUAGGUGUAUUUUGCAAAUGAUGUAAACAACAAAAUACCCAGAACAAUAAAUCUAUGACCUUCCAAGAGCUAAUUUGUUCCAUGUACCUAUAAAAAACCUACCAUAUUGGAAACUUGGGGGUAGCUUUCAGAUUUGGUAUCUGUUUAUCAUUGCAUCCUUCCGUUUCCGGUACCCGCCCGUGGGAGUUCAUAAAGUACUCUGCUUGUCACCUUACGAUACAGACGAUUUUGGGUGGAGACAUUGAAAGUGUUGAAAAUAAUGAAUGAACGUUUAAAUUUGUAUUUAGAACAUUUACAUUGUAAAUUCAGACUUCUCAAUGGGAACAAUGAUUGAUUCAAAGACAAUGGGCAAUCAUUUAUAUGUGAAUCAUGUUGUUAUAUAUACAGUUUACGGCAUGAGUCCCCUGACGUAUGAUUAUGUUUCAUUCAUAUAUCCGUGUCAUGCUCGCCACUUCAGAUAUACAUGUAUCGUCAGGUGAACAAAUCAGGUGAACAGGUUGACCCCGCUGCGUGCUAGUCAGGCAAUGGUUACCAAAUGUUUACAUCCCGUUAUUUCCCCGUUACUAUCGCCAGUCGCGAGAGUACAGGCCUGGUACCCUGAUCCCAGUACUGGCCCUGGUACAUUGCCAAAGUACAACAUGCAAGGUCCAGGUACGCGAUACACUUGGUACGGCGUAAGGUAAAAAUAAGUCAGUUCCGACAAAAACAAAAUGAAUCAUGGCCUGGCACAGUGUACCAACAGCAGACCUCAAUCUGGGUAUUAUCGUACUCGUUGUUUGUGGUCUGCUGGAAGGUUACUAAACCAUGAAGUGAAUCAGGCUAGGUGAAAUCAUUUAGUUCUUAUCAAGAACAUAACCCCGUAUCAACGUCCGAACCGCUAGGAAAGGUUCGAGCUAGUGCACUACAAGUAACAAAGCCAAACAACCUUCGAUUUUCCUCUUAGUUUGAUAAUAUUAAAUUGCUAUAUUACAUGAAAGUGUACUGCCAAUUGCUUGAGGUGAAAUUCUCAAUAUUUUUCGACUUAUGCAUUUAUUCUACAGCGAUGGUUAAUUCUCUGCAACAUUUUAAAUUCUAACACAUUGUACACAUAUUUACAAGUAAAUAUUUACUACGCCACCAUCAUAACCUGACCUUCAAUUAAUGACGGACAAACAAUUGCACCAGUAUUAGGAUAUUGCGUAUCUAUCAGAACGAUAACGCAGUGGAAGUGAAUAUCUACAGUACCUGUAAUUAAUCUAUGUACUUGCUGUAAGUCAAACCAAUAUGCAAAUUGAUUCGUCAUUUUAUCUUUACAACAUUAGAGAGAAAGUGUAAAACAAAGAAAUCUAAAUACUCAGCUUGUUCGCGGCAAUACAGACACACUCUGAAUCAUCGAAUUAUACGUGACACAAAUAUUAUCUAAUGCUUCCAUUUCUCUUCAUUACCUUUCAUUUGACCUCGAACAGUACAUAGAAAAUAAAUCAUACCAAAGAGAGAUAGCAAUCAAUCAGUUUUUUACAAAUUGUUCAUUCGGUCGACGAUUAUUCAUUACACAAUGUACACCAGCUUAUCACUUACGGCAUCGACUCGAGUGUUUUACAUAUUCAUCUAUUUAGUGAAUGUACUAAUAAAACCUUUAAACCGCUACGAUAAGCCGUGUGGAAACCUGUACUUCAGAAAUCGCAAAUAUCCGGUACCACUAUUCUUUGAAUCCAUACACAACAAGUCAAAGUCCGAUACAAUUUGAAACCAUUCUGCAUGACCUCAUGCAAGGUAUAAGAAAGCAUUAACUUGUGGGUUACUAGGUCAUAUUAACAUUAUUCUUUCUUUUACGAAAUUUAACAUAAAAUAAGUCAACAACCUGUAUUCUUCCAGGUUCAUUUACUCCGAUGGGCAUUUUCUUCUGUACGGGAUCAAUUCAGGUCAACAACCAGUAUGUAGGACGAAGACACGGCAAUCGGAAAGCGUAGAACCCGUUAGCUCCGCCUACUUUUCGCCGACGGUAUAUAAGCCACGGUCGCUUUGUAUAGAACACAUGUUCAGGAUAGACACCGAUACUGCUACACGCAUACUACGAUUCUUGGGAUUUAUUACACAAUACAAAGGAAUUAAUUAUGACUAUUACGGAUUUACUUGCAUCAAAAAUGGCUCAUAAGGACAGAUGUUACAUGACCAAAAUCGGCGAGGCCGUGAAAGACGUCGUCAGCAUGGCUGCAAUAGACAGAAGACUGGUUCUUGGGGCCAUGCCUAGCGCUGAGUUCCUCGGCGAGGAGGCUGACAACGUGGCUCUUUGUCUCCUGCUAGAGAACAAAUCGGAUGACGUCCUCAUCAGCAUUCAACACAAACUGGUAGAGGCCUACUGUUGGGAAAAUGAUAUUCCUCUGCUGAAAGUGGACAGCGAGGACAAAGUCCGCCACAUCCUGGCGUCUAAGGGUGAACAGAACAACAACGAACCCGAUGACCUGUCUUGCAUACUUGUUAAGAAUGCAGACAAAAUGUCAUCAUCCGAAUCGAUGCUGGCAGACUUCUUCGAUUACAUCAUGAAGAACGAAAUCGAACCUUUCCCUGUGAUAACCUUGCCGGAGUGACGUAGUGCAGCGAACUGUUUCUCGUGAUUCUCAGCAGCCCAUUCUGAGUAAUCUUAAUUCAUCAUACUGCACGUGAACCCUCGUACUGGCAGCGACGUCUGCACGGAUUGAAUCUACGUCGAUCCUUAGAGCGAGAAGACUUGCGCCAAAAGAGCACGUGUUCCUUCAACAAGAGUUCAGUACAUGUGACAACUCCACUGGACAUUCUUGGAGUACAUGCAAUUCGUCUGUGGAAACAAGAGAGUUCGCAUUUCAAGAUUUGUACUAACGGGAUUGUUGAUUUUGCAUACUAGUAUUUUGUAUGCACAUGGAACUUUAACAAUACUGAUUUUCAGUACUAAUGACAUUAGACUAUUCGGUACAUUGUACUUGUGAGAAAAACAAUGAAAUUAUUGUUGUUGAAAAAUGGUAAUAAAUCUUAUGUUUUAAGAAA